AGGGCUGGCACUUCUGGCAGGCAAGUGCCUGCAGCCUCCCAGCUUUGCUUUGCACCGGGAAUUACAAUGAAUUUUGCAGCACAAUUUCUCUACUCCAGGGUGUUAAAAAACAGAACCCCCAGGGACCACUCCAGGGAAGAUGAAGACUACGAUCCUUUCUGGCAAAGGUUGGAGAAUAUUGCUGUCUGACUUAGAGCUAGACUGCUCCUUUCUCCCCCUCAGGGGUCAUGGUCAGCCCUCGGGGUCCACCCAGGGCCAGGCCAAUGGACGUGACAACCCCUGGACCCCUCCUGCCUCCUUAUGGUGUCGUAGUUGGAGUUUUGCUUCACCUCGUUGUUUAUUUAGUCGCUGUGCUGUAUAGUUAUGCCGAGCAGCUGUUCUUGAAAAAGGAUGACAAUAAAAUAAAGAAACAAGAUGCCCCGGCACUUUGUGAUCUUCGCUGUUGUAAGGAUGGGCCAAUAAGAAAUGGCCUUAUUGGGCAGAAGCCACCCUCUAUCAACCCUGAGAGACUGAAAGAUUUUGGUGAGGAGGAUUACCUGAAUGGGGAUGUGAAGACCUGGGAAAUGAAGAUAGUGAGCCGUAAUGAGGAGUUACUUGGGGAUGCCCUUUCCUGCAUCCCUCAGUCAAGCAGUAGGACCAGCCUGUCAAGCUGUAACAAGCUGAUUCGAUUUGAAGAUAUUAGUGCAGCAGCUUUCAAAAUCCAGUGCGGUGUUCAGAAAACACCCUGCAUGUAUUCUAGGCUAUCCAAGCAGUAUGGAAUGGACAUCUACCUAAAGAAAGAGUUCCUCCAGUACACGGGAUCUGUGAAGGAACGAGGUGUACUUUACCUUCUGACAUCGUUGCCUCAGGAUCAGCAAAGAAAAGGGGUGAUCGUGGCUUCGGACAGUAACUUUUCCAUGGCUGUUGCCUACCACGCCUCAGAGCUCCGUAUUCCAGUGUUUGUCAUCAUGUCAACCAGCACGUCCCCGGCCAGAGUGAAAAUGUGCCGUGAGUAUGGUGCCAUGGUUAUAUCCUACGGCACUACAGCGAAGGAUUCCCAGAUGCACGCAAGAAGGUUGGCCCAGGAGAACGGUUACCUCUACCUCGAAGAGGAGGAUAGUGCUGCCUACCUGUCGGGCCUGGGGACCGUGGGGCUGGAGGUGUACGAGCAGGUGCCAAAGCUGGACGCAGUGAUUUUCCCCGCAGGGGGCCAUUCUGGCUUGCUGGCGGGGUCGGCUGCUGCACUCAAACACCUCAACCCACAUAUUUCUGUAAUUGGGGUUGAAUCUGAAAGUUUCCCUGUAUUGCAACAGUCCUUAAAGGCUGGCCACCCCACCGAAGACCGGGCUUGCAGCAAUCAUCACUUCUAUGGAGAUGUGAGUGGACUUUGCUUUGGCAGCAAUUCUUUGCAGCUGACUGGGAAACUUGUGGAUAAAGUUGUUGCUGUGAGGGAGGAGGACAUCCUCGUUUCGAUGCUGAGAUUGCUGGAGUACGAACGAGCCACGGUUGAUGCAGAAGGGGCCAUUGGAUUUGCAGCGUUGGUUGCAGGGAAGCUGCCCGAGCUGAAGGGUAAAAGAGUGGCGGUCGUCAUAUGCAGUGGAAACUUGGAAUUACAUUUGCUGCAACAGUGCAUAGCUCGUGCCCUGACCCUCGAUAACAGGGUGUGCAGAUUUUCCCUUGUGCUUUCUGACUGCCCAGGAGACAUUUCAAAGCUACUGGAGAUUUUGGCUCGGGAAGAAGCAAGAGUUUUGGAUAUCAAACAAGAACGCAUGUUUGUGACAUCUGAGCUCUUCGCUGUCAAGGUCACCUGCACUGUGGAGACCAGAGACAAGAUCCACACAGCCCAGCUGAGGAACGCGCUCCUGGAACGCUACCCCACAGCCGCCUGGACCGAGCGGUGAUGGGCACAGCACAAGGGAAAGGGCCGAGGUCCUCUGACAAGUAUUUUACAGAGCCCUGAUCUCGAGGCAUUCAGAACAAAUAUUAUCUUGCAAAGCUGAAGAGUUAGUGAAUAGUUCAGGAUAUUUAUUUCCUGCUCAAAAAUGUAGUGAAUGUCCUUGGGAAUAAAGUUAAACUCAAAACUGUAGCUUAGCUAAGGGAAACUCCUAGUUUCUGCUGGUGUUGGAAUUCAAUAAUUCAUUAUCAGCUGGCUGCCUGGUUUUUGGCUAGUGUGUAGCAUCCAAUGGCGUUCAAUAAAAAACAGGGAGAAGGCAUUCUUCUUUACAUCCGAAUGUAGACGUCUCAAAGGUCUUUUGAUUUUUGCCCCUGCUUAAAGUAACGCAGCUCCUUCUGCUGGAUUUUGCCAUACUACUAGUGUAGAAAUUUUCCAUUUCCAAGCCAGAAGCAGUUCUCCAUUUACUGAAUCUGCUUCCGGAGAUAGAUACAUGUGUGUGGGUGUGGGUCUGAGCACACAUCUGUUCUGAUCUUUGCUAUCACGUGAGGAAAAGUUAUGCUACUAAAAUGCAAUUUAAACAAAAGCAAAAAAAACCCAAACCCUUGGAAGAUAAAAGCCAAUAUUGUAUUAAUUUCUUUUUUUUCCCAAGGGAAAAAUGAUCCUAUUUAUAAAGUGAAGUUCCAAAAAGAUAUUGCAGCAACAAAAAAACCCUAAUAUAUUCUGAAUAUAAUUAGACCUUAUGUGCGGAACACACAUGUAAUUCAUCCGUCUGCUUUUGGGGACUCAGUAUAAGAAGUAGCAUAUAACAUGGCUUGUGUUUCCUUAUAAAAAGGGGUCUCUCCACCCAUGUGAAUUUUGUAAUUAGCAUUCCUCUGAUCAUCUUAGUCUGCCCAAAACAGACUCUAUCCAUCUCACCUGACAGAUUAAGUACACUGUUAAGAGCAAAAUAUAUUUAAAGACUACAUGUUAAUAGCCAAAGGCAGUGCCGGGAGAAGAGGAAGCCUAAGUCUUUGGCACAUGGCUAAUGCAAUUAACAAAGAACGUGUUGACCUAAAUACCAUUUUCAUCGCUACGGGCAGAGACCAGCUAAUAAGGUUACAGAGUGGGACGGCAAGAAACGCCAGAGAAAUUCAGGCCCGCUUCCGAGUGGGCGCACAACAGUCGCCUUUCUGCUUGGGCAAAAUUCAAUUUAAGGCCGGCUGCAACAGAGCCAAUAUAUGCGAUUCCACUUGGUUAAAUUUAACGAGGGUUGAUCCAAAUUUCGGGUAUAGGUAUUUUAGUGAGAAGUCUUAAUCCUGCCUCUAGCAUAUCAAGUGGAUAAUUAAGUAUGUAAAAUAAAUAUGAAGUAUUUAGCAGUGCCCUAGCAGAGCCCAGCUGAAAAUCCAGGAAGGUCAGAGUGAGCGUCUCCAUGGGCUGCGUGGGAUCAAAGCAUUGCAGUUCCUACGUGUGGAGCUGGGCGAGCUGGUGCCAGGUGGCCAUGAAAACCAACUUCUAUAGCUUUUCAGGGAGAAAGAUGCUGCAAGCCCAUAGGGACGCUCCUCUGUUGUCUGAUUACAAUUUAUAAUUUAAGCUUCCAUCUUUAGUCCUCCCCUGAAGUUAGGAAAGGGCUUGCUGGUACAUUUCCUCUCCUGGUUCUUCAGUGGGAAGCUUUGGUCUCUGAAGGACAAGCAAGAAGCCACAUGUAGAAGAGAGGAUGCCCUGGAGCAGGCAAAAGUUCCCUCUGCGCUCUCUUAACUGUAGUCCAUCUGCAGGCUAGGAAGGGCAUCAUCCUGAGAGUUAGAGCAACCUAAACAGAGACUCCCUAUGGACUAAAAAGAAGGAACGGUAUAUACAAUCCUAGGCAGAUCUCAUCUGUAUUGUAUCUACUACUUACAGCUCUCCGGCUCUAUCUGUAACUUAACACGUGCCUGCAAGGUGGGGUGAAGAAGGCAGCAUUCUGGCUGUCUCUGCAGUAUUUUUGUCUGGGAAAUAAUGUGUUUAUUCUGUCUUAUUGUGGCUCAUGAAGGAGCAGGAGUAGGGAGAGACUCCCACAAAUGGUGGACAAAUAAUAUAAGUUCACUGAUGUGAUUGGUUUUUGGAAGGACCAUGUUGGUUUGCACAUGGAACUAAAAGUUAUUGAUGCCCCAGUGGUUGGUUUCUUUCCCUUCUUGCCAUCCGGACUGAUGGGUACGGGGCUCGGCCUCCAGAACAUGGCCUGUAAAUCACAGCCUUUCUUCGUGGUCGGAAGGGUUUAAGAAAUCUGUACAGAAACACGUGAUUUGGACUAUGUACUGUGUACGUGCCUCUGCCGUUGAAACAAGUGAUGAAGCACGUCAUCAAAGAGCAGAUUUGGGGAUGUAAAACCACUAUAAGCAGGGGUCUGAUUAUCCUCUCAUUUCUUUUGGCAAAACUCGCAGGAAAUUUUGAGGAUGUCUCCGGUAUCUACGUGAGAAAAAAAAAAAAAGGGACUUAAUAACCGAUGUUCUCAGUAGCGGCCAACAGCUUCUGCUGUCCGAGUCCUUGCUUUAUUGUCCUGCUUUAUCCUGGGUUUCGGUUUUUUAGAAGCUCAGAGCAUUAACAACUUCUUUUCUAAUCAGUGACAACUGCCUUUAGCAAGUCUUCAAGAAACUGGGGGAAGAGAAGUAGCAGAGAGCGCAACCAAAAAUCAAUGCACUCAAAAUCACUGCAUGAUUUUGAAAAUGGGGGGAAGGGGGAGAAAAAGAUAAAAAAGGAAAAUGCUGUCUAGAAGUUACUUAAAUUAUCAACCAUGAUAUAUGUGGUUUGGUUUCAUUUUUAUUGUAUUAAGUAUAAAUAUAAAUUGUAAAUCACUCUUCAGUGGUAAACACUUUGCAUGUGAAUAUAACGAUACCAGAGGUGAUUUCUAUUCUAUAUUGCUUUUACGCAAGUCCAUUGGCUCUCAAGCUAUGAUGAAGUUAAAAAAAAAAUUGAAAAUUAAACAUUGAAAUGACUGUGUGCAACUAGAAAGAAUACCGAAAUAUCUGUGCUGCUGACUUGUUUGCAUUAUGAAAUAGAAUAGGACUAUGGCAUUUCAAAGAUCUAAGAAUGUGUUUUUAAAUGUUUCAUUUAAAGAAGUAUUUUUACGGAGACUGUUCUUAUGCACCUUGGAAAAAAAAAACUUUAACGAUUAUGUAAAAAUUUGACAAAUUGUUAAAUCAGCAUCGUUAAAUCCAAGCUUUGUAUUGAUUUAAAAAAUAAUGAAAAUGAUGUUGUGCCGCCUCAGCAGUGAAAGAUCUGUCGUUCUCUCGUACGGUGUUGAUAGCAGCCUUGCAUUAAAAAUUCAGAAUUAAUUUUA